UGCAUCCCCUCAGAAGCCCUCAUCUCCAAGAAGGCAUUCUAUGGAAUAUCAAUUAUAGCUUGCCCUAACAGUACCUUCUUCGGGCCACAUCUCUAUCUUCACCCCCCUAUAACAUUUGCUAUGCUCUAGUCGUUAUUUGGCUGUGCCCGCGAGGCACUUUCCUUUAAUCAACAUGGACAUCCCCGAGAGAUCUGGUAGUGCUGCCCUUCGGCGCAGCAGCUCAUCACGACGCCAUAUGCACCGUCGGGAUUCUAACAUGAGCAAUGCAAGCUUUGUCUCCCAGGUCGAGAUGGCCACAGACGAACCAUUCUCCGGCCCAAUCUCCGAAAGUGUCCCCAGCAGUGUGACAGGCUUUGCGUACCAACGGCCGAGACAGCGUCAGGGGUCCAUCGCAAGCUUUACCUAUUUCCAAGAUGACGGGGAGACACCCGAUUACUCAGACGAAGAGGCAAUUGUGGAUCUCAGUGAUGAGGAGGACGGUCUCAUCAAUGGAGAAGAUCGUGAUCUCGAGGCUGCUGAUACUCAGUCGCUUCGUCACAAGUCCUCUAGCAGGUUUCGAACCUCCUCAGACCAACCAUUGCUCAGGCGACACGAAUCCAACCGGAGUGACACCCAAGAACAUGAUGAUGGCGGUAGCUUCUCGCAAAAGCUCUACAUCGAAACUGAGGAUCUCACAAUGGUUAUUGCCGGAUUCUCCACCAGCUCAAUUGGUUAUCUGCUUUACCUCGCAAUUUGCAUUUUCACUGCUGGCAUCGGUUACCUUGUCCUCCGUUGGGUCCCCCGCUGGCACAUCUCCAUUGUCGGCACUCCCACCCCCUUGAAGAAGUGUACUUGGGUUGUUGUAGAGGUGAGCUACGGCCCACAUCAAAGACAUACCAGAGCCAAGGCUAAAACACUCCAGAAUCAAUGGGGCGAGUUCACCGUUCAUUAUAUUUCGACCCAGGAGUAUGGACAUCCUCUCUCCACGGUCUUCACCCCGCAACAAAAGGAGAAGCUUAAUAGCUAUCGAUAUGACGACGAUCGAGACUUACCAUUCCUCCGUUCUCUAAACUAUCGUUAUAUGCGGCUUCUAUACCAUCCAGGCCAAGAUAAAUUUGUUCUCAAUAACAAUUGGUGGGACCCUCAGUGGCAGAAUGUCAAAGCUCUCCGGGAGGGACUUGACUCUGAGGAACGUGAUCCGCGAGACCAAGUUUUUGGAAAAAACAUAAUCGAAAUCGAGCAAAAGCCUAUACCUCAAUUGCUUCUGGACGAGGCAUUCCAUCCUUUCUACGUGUUCCAAAUAGCAAGCUUGAUUCUUUGGUCUAUGGACGAAUACUACUACUAUGCAGCUGCCAUUUUUCUGAUAUCCGUCUUUUCCAUCACGACUACUGUGAUUGAAACUCGUUCGACCAUGGAGCGAUUACGGGAGAUCUCGCGAUUUGAGUGCAACGUUCGUGUCCUUCGUAACGGAUACUGGCGGGCGGCUAAGUCUGGCGAUCUGGUCCCAGGGGACGUUUACGAAGUCUCGGAUCCAUCUCUUUCACAAUUGCCAUGUGACAGCCUUCUCUUAGCAGGAGACUGCAUCAUCAAUGAGAGCAUGCUGACUGGUGAAUCGAUCCCGGUGUCUAAGAUCCCCAUCACGGAUGAGGCUCUCCACUACAUCGAUCUCGGAGCAACUUCAAUCCAUCCCAGUGUCGCUCGAUAUUUCCUCUUUUGUGGUACCAAGAUUAUCAGAGCUAGACGACCAACCGACACCGACGAUGACGAAGCUGUGGCUUUAGCCAUGGUGGUUCGCACAGGCUUCAACACGACCAAGGGCGCUCUUGUACGGUCCAUGCUCUUCCCCAAACCAUCUGGCUUCAAAUUCUAUCGCGACUCGUUCCGCUACAUAUCCGUCAUGGGAGGCAUCGCUGCAAUUGGUUUUGUUGCAUCCUUCUUGAAUUUCAUCAAGCUGGGACUUGCAUGGCAUCUGAUCAUAGUUCGAGCGCUUGAUCUAAUCACCAUCGUGGUGCCCCCUGCCUUGCCUGCCACCCUGACCAUUGGAACCAACUUUGCUCUUUCUCGCUUAAAAAAGCAGCAAAUCUUCUGUAUCAGUCCUCAACGAGUCAAUGUGGCUGGCAAAUUGGAUAUUGUGUGCUUCGACAAGACUGGGACUCUGACCGAGGAUGGACUCGAUGUCCUUGGCGUGCGUUUGGUACAACAUCCCGAGAUACGCUUCGGUGAUAGUCUCGAAGAAGUUCACGAAGUCCUUCCUCCAGCUUCAUAUGAUCGGGACCCUACUGUUGACUACCGUGUCAAUAAGAACAUGCUCUACGCAAUGGCAACGUGCCAUUCACUUCGACUUGUGGACGAUGAGCUGAUUGGCGACCCACUUGACCUGAAGAUGUUCCAAUUUACUGGAUGGUCAUUCGAGGAGGGGUCGAGGAACACCCUCCACUUUGUCGAACCAGGAACCACGCAGCCGGCGCCAAGUGUCUCACGUCCUCCACCCGGACUCGAGUACGACAUAGAUGAUUCCCAGGGCAACGACAACCCCGUCCGGACGGAGCUCGCAACUCUUCGCUCCUUCGAAUUCGUCUCCCACUUGCGCAGAGCUAGUGUCUUUGUCCGCCAGCACGGUGAUCCUGGUGCCACGAUCUAUGUCAAAGGAGCACCAGAGGUAAUGAAAGACAUUUGCACUCCCUCGAGCAUCCCCGACGACUUUGAGGACCUACUUAGCUACUACACACAUAAAGGCUUCCGAGUGAUCGCUUGUGCAUCCAGGUACAUUUCCAGGAUAUCUUAUGAUGAAAUCCAGGAAUUGGAUCGAGGUGAGGCCGAGUCAAGACUCCAACUCACCGGCUUCAUCAUUUUUGAGAACAAACUCAAAGACAUCACCACGGAGAUUAUUGAAGAGCUUAGCGAAGCCAGAAUACGUACGGUGAUGUGUACCGGUGACAACAUCCUUACGGCCAUCAGCGUGGCAAGAGAGUGUGAGCUCAUCGACCGAAAUGCUCAUUGUUUUGUGCCCCAUUUCGUUGAGGGCGAUAAGAUGGAUCCCAAGGCGCGGCUGACCUGGGAAAGUGUCGACAAUCCCAUCUAUCAAUUGGAUGAAAACACGCUUCUUCCGGCGGCGAUUGCGGCGGAGUAUGAUACUGCAACACCGUACGAUACUUUAGCGAUUGGUGACUACACACUGGCCGUAACCGGGGAUGCCUUCCGUUGGGUGGUUGACUUCGGCUCGCGGGAGGUUCUGGAAAGAAUGCUGGUCAGAGGAGCCGUUUUCGCUCGAAUGUCACCCGAUGAGAAGCACGAGCUGGUAGAAAAGCUGCAAAGUAUCGACUACUGCUGCGGAUUUUGCGGCGAUGGCGCGAACGACUGUGGCGCGCUCAAGGCCGCCGACGUCGGUGUCUCACUCUCAGAAGCGGAAGCUUCGGUUGCAGCACCUUUCACGAGCCACAUUUUUGACAUUUCUUGCGUCCCUGCUCUGAUCAAAGAAGGCCGGGCAGCGCUUGUCACCAGCUUCUGCUGCUUCAAGUACAUGAGCUUGUACUCGGCAAUUCAGUUCACAUCGGUCAGCUUCUUGUACGCAUCAGCAUCGAAUCUCGGCGACUUUCAAUUCUUGUUCAUCGAUCUUGCGUUGAUCCUGCCGAUUGCAAUCUUCAUGGGCUGGACUGGCGCUUAUCCUGUGCUGAGCACAAAACGACCCACAGCAAGUCUUGUGUCCCGGAAGGUCCUGACACCCCUCAUAGGGCAAAUUUUCCUUUGCAUCUUCGUUCAGUUGGUGGCUUUUGAGACGGUUCAAAGCCAACCGUGGUAUCAACCACCGCAGCUGGACAAGGAGAAAUCCAACGUGGACAAUUCUCAGAACACGGCGUUGUUCCUGGUGUCAUGCUUCCAGUAUACACUUUCUGGAGUAGUUCUCAGCGUUGGGCCACCAUUUCGUAAGUCGAUGACAGCUAAUGUGCCAUUCGUCGUGACUAUAGUGGUGGCCCUUAUAGUGUCGCUCUACAUGCUGCUGGACCCAGCAGACUGGAUAUCCUCCUUCAUGGAUCUCACCAAGAUGUCGUUGGAUUUUGAAUUGUUCUUAUUGGCACUGGCGGCGGCCGGAUUUGCAGCAGCAUAUCUGGCGGAGCGCUAUGUGUUCCCGAUGAUGGCCAAGUAUGUCGGGAGGUUGAAAUUGUAUUUGCGACCGUCGCAUCCCAAGAAGCGGAAACAAUACAAGCUCAUCGCGGAGGAUAUUCUGCACAGUAAAUAGGAGGCCUCGUGGCACGAAUUUAGACAUAGACGAAGCAAUGAGAAGUGUACAAC